UUUCAAGGCAUAAUAGGAGGGUGUCUAGGUAAUCGAGCAUUUUUAAAUCAGAUGUAAUGUGCGACCUCUGCCGCCAGGGAGCGGCCGCCGAUACCGUGGCAGGCCAAACGCGUUUCCGGUUCCUGCCCUGCAGAUUCGCGCGGGGCUAUUGGGGAAAUUCUUUUGGCGAGUCUGGGCCGCGGAGCGGAUACUGCCUUUGAAAAUUAACAAACAAAUAUUGAGAUUAAUCACUCUUCUUGCCAGGUCCGAGGAGUCUACUGGUGGCGAAUGGGCCGCUGCCAAUAAGCAACCGCCUUGCUAACUGCCUGCCUCGUGGGCUCCCCCUUGUUUCCUUGUUGUUGUUUCCUUGUUGUUGGAUGGUAGGUAAGAGGUGUGCAAAAUAUAAUACAGUAAAUAGAUUUUGAAAAUUAUUUUUUUUAAAAAAAGAGGCACAAACGGAAACAGGAACCCUGAAGUCUGGAAUGCACUAAAGGCUCCCCCCCCCUGCAGACAAUGAACGAGUGGACACCCAUUGCAAAAGAGUAUGAUCCCCUCAAAGCUGGGAGCAUUGAUGGUACAGAUGAAGAGCCCCACGACCGGGCUGUGUGGAGGGCCAUGACGGCACGGUAUGUCCCCAACCUAGGCGUUUCAGGGGACCCUCACCUCACGCUGUUUGUGGCCAGGCUCAACUUGCAAACCACAGAAGAGAAGUUAAGGGAAGUCUUUUCUCGGUACGGAGACAUCCGGAAGAUCCGCUUGGUUCGAGACCUAGUCACUGGCUUCUCCAAGGGCUACGCGUUCAUUGAGUUCAAAGAGGAGCGUGCCCUUGUGAAAGCUUACCGAGAUGCCAACAAGCUGGUUAUUGACCAGCGAGAGGUAUUUGUGGACUUUGAGCUGGAGAGGACCCUCAAAGGGUGGAUCCCUCGGAGGCUUGGGGGUGGCUUUGGUGGCAAGAAGGAGUCGGGGCAGUUGCGAUUUGGUGGCAGGGACAGGCCCUUCCGGAAGCCCAUAAAUUUGCCCGCCAUGAAAAGUGAGUUUUACGGGGAAGGACAGGCGGAAAAAAGAGAGCGAGCUUGGUCCAGGGACUGGAAAACAAGGAACAGAGACCAGAGGCGCUCUGAACGGGAGUGGUCGCGAGGAUGGGGAGAGAGAGAUGGAGCACGGCACUCCAGAGAGGAACGGAGCAGAGGCAGAGAGAGGAGAGAUCGAAGUCGGGACCGCAGCUCAAAGAAGCAAAGAGAUGAAGACAGGCACUGAUGGGUCGCUCCCUUCCAGUGCUACACAACCACAGAACACCAGUGGAUUAUGGGAAAUUGUGGGGCCAUCUUCAAAAGCAAACUGAGACAAAGCUUGGAUAACUGGCUCAUAAGCUUCAAAAUAGUGGGGUGUUUUCAUCAUCACACUCCACUGCACACUUAAUGGGUUAUCCUGUAUGGUGUUGCAGGUUUUGAUGAAAUUGUUUAGUCGUCUUGCUCAUUCUUCUACACCACCCUGUCCAAGCUUUUGGGUGCAUAUGAACAGUGAUGCACAACAUUCUUGGAAUGCUAACAAAUAGAGCAGAGAAAGGAAAGCUCGAUUUGACUAGGGGGAAUGCAAUAAUUCACAGGGCAGGGGGAAAGGAGGGUCUGCAGGGAGGGUGGAUGAGGAGAGGAAUUUUAGAGAAGCAAGAAAAGGGGCCAGAUAGUAGGUUGCUAAGCAAAAGGAGAUACAGAGCAGGCCAGAGGUGCUUAACUCGUGUCCUUUGAGAUGCUGCUGGGCUGCAGUUCCCAUCAUCUCCAUACAGCUUGGCCAACAGUUAGGGCUGAUGGAAGUUGUAGUGCAGCAACACCUGGUGAACCGCUGGUUCCCCACUCCUGAGAUAGGCAGUGGGUUGAGGAGCAUGUCGUUCAGUGGGAUGAGAAAAGGAGACACUAAGAAGAAACAAGGGGAGGCUGGGAGGGCUCUCCUGUAGGCCUUUGAGGUGGGAAUGAAAUAGACCAGCAAGACCAGGCACCCCCAAACUUCGGCCCUCCAGAUGUUUUGGACUACAAUUCCCAUCAUCCCUGACCACUGGUCCUCUUAGCUAGGGAUCAUGGGAGUUGUAGGCCAAAACAUCUGGAGGGCUGCAGUUUGGGGAUGCCUGAGCAAGACUGUGGACUGGGACGGAACCUGGGACCCUCCAGAUGUUGCUGGACUUCAGCUCCCGUCAUUUAUGACCACUGACCAUGCUAGCUGGGGCUGAUGGGAGUUGGAGUCCGAUGGUGCCAGGAGAGGCACCAGGUUCCGCCAACAUGGGCCUAGGACAUAGGACUGGAUUUCUUGUAUCAAUUUGGAUUAAGGAGCCAAACCUUGGGCUGAGGUCCGUGGCUUAUAGAAGAUGCAAAAACAGACAACCUCUUGUUAAUCCAGAAAUAGUUUAUUUAGAAUAUUAAAAAGAUCUAGUGUUAACAUAGCCCUAUACCCACCCAUUCCCUCCAAACAUGCUGUUUAUUGCCUUUUUUUACCUUACAGUACUCUGAAUCUUUAUUAAAGAUACACAUUCACUCCUUUUGCAUAUCGCACAUUUGUGUGCUAAGCCUUACCAGACAAUUGCAUUAAGGGAAUGCUCAAGUCUGACAGUUGGGGAGAUGUUAGCGCCUUGCUGGGAACUGAAAACACAUUGGCAACCCCUGUGAUAUGGGAUUUAUAUGGCAUGGAGACUUGUGAUUUGUUUUGGUGGUGGUUCUUCUGGGUUUUUUUAUUUGCCCUCCACACCUUUGAAAUGGGCCCUUGGAAGCAUGGUUGGGUUUGAAUCCAGCCUUUGGGUUGAAAGUGUUUCCUAAGCCCUCCUGUAGUGUAAUAAAUUAUGCAAAACAAGCAUCUUUGCAGUGCUUAUUCAGGUUGUUGCAAAACAACCCCCCUUUUAAAAUUAUAGAACUACGGGAAAACUCAAUUUCAGCAACACUUAAAAGCAUGUAAAAUAUUAACAAGGAUUUCCACUAUUGCAUUCAUACUAUAGUCCCAAGUGGCUGGUGUCCAUUAGGACAGGUAGGCUGUGAAGCAGGAGGCCAACAGGAGGUGGAGCCGGAGCCAAUGAAAGAGUGGAACUAACCAUAGUUUUGUCCCCAUUCUCCCUGCUAAGCGCCAUCUCCCUGGACUGGUUUUAAGAAGGCAGGCAGCUGGCAACGGCUGAGGGCAGACUGAGACUGGUGGGGCAAUCCCCAUUUGCCCUAAUAGACAAGCCGUUCCAAGGAUGACCUCACAGACAGAAGGCAGCUGCUGAUGUUGCUGUACAGGUCGAGUUCUUGGGAUACACGGGAGUGCCUCUGUUCACAGAGCCAUGGAAAAUGGAUGAGCUGCAUAUUUGGGGCAGCUCUCUCCACUUCUUCACAAGCAGUCAGAGAACAAGAAAUAGCAAAUAGAGUUUUAAAAAAGAGCUACAUGCCAAGAGCUUUUAAAUACAAUCCAAAACCUAAUCUGUAUUAGGAGCAACAAAAAAUGCUUUCCAGUUUUCCAAAAUACUUCUAAUUUAAGAAGAAAUGGGGAGGGAAGAAAUAUCAAAGAAUUGUAAGAGUUUGAAGGGACCACAAAGGUCAUAUAAUUAUAGUCCAAUCCCGUGCAAUGCAGGAAUCUUUUGCCCAACAUGGGUCUUGGACCCACAACCCUGAGAUUAAGAGUCAAUGCUCUACUGACUGGCAUGAUGUUAAAGUCCUGAAAUCCACAGCUUGUGGCACCUGGGAGGAAUUGUACACACAACUGUUGAAAACUGCAGGCUUGUAGGGCAGCCCUGUAAAUAAAUAAACUCACAAAACGUACUAACCAGCACAUAAUUUUUUAGGUUUCCUAAAGGGUUAAUAUGUUCUGUUGACCAGUCCUGUAUCAAGCUUGGAAACACAGGCUAGCAUCUUAGCAAGCUCUUUUGAAAUACACAGGGGUGGGGGGUCGAAUGAUCCAUCUCCACUUUCGUUUCUGGCUUCCCAUGAAAGCAGCUUUUACUCUGUUAUGGCUCCCAUAGAAACCCAAUGGGCUAGUGGUGGAGGGACCAUGGCCCAUCCCUUGUCCUCCUCCAGCCCACUAACUUGCUCACAAUGUCUUGUGUCAUAUGGCUACAAAGCAAGUUGGUAAAUAAUACAGGGUUGCUUUCAGGCUUUAGCACUGUGUAGUAUUUUAUCUCCCUCUGCCCUGCUUUGUUUAGCAUAUAGCUAAACUCUGGAACUCAAAAGCAGGCUCAUAACAUGACAUUUUCACUGGUUCUGAUAAAACAGGCCUGGGGAUCCUGUGGCUCUCCUGAGACUGUCCGUCUACAACUUCCAUUAUCCCUGGUCACUGGCCAUGCUAGAGAAGGGACUGAUGAGAACCUGUUUUGGUUUACAAACAGACCUCCGGAACGGAUUAUGGUUGUAAACCACGGUACCACUGUAAUUCCAUAAUAUACAUUAGAACAAAGCAAUACAUAUAUUAUACCAACCAAAAUGUGGACAAAACACUGUGCUCAGAAGCUUCUGAGUUCCCUAGAUGCAACUGGAGGCUUCAAAAGCUUUGCAUGAUGUUUUUUGACACAGCUGAGAAUGGACCCACUGAAAAUAAAGCACACAACUAAUUUAAAUGGCCCCACUCUUGAGUUUAAUUCAGUUGAAUACCACCCAUUUUGGUUGGUUUAAUGAAGUUAUUGCCUUAAUUCAGCCUUCACUGACCUGGUGCAGAUGUUGUUCAACUGCAACUCCCACCUGCAGGCUGGAGGCUGAUGGAAUCUGUAGUCCAACAGAAUCUGCAGGGCACUAGGUCAGCACAGGCUGUCCUGUGUGCUGAAAUUACUGGAACAAGUGUCCCUCAAGUUUACGAUCACUUGCUUUAAACAGGUUUAUUCCAACAGGAAAAGAUUUGUUUUGUCCACAUAUUGACAAGUCAUGGCUUCUUUAAGGAUCAGGUGGGUCCAGGCAACACCAGGCCCUGUUCCAAGAAGAGGGUCUUUCACAUGAGAUAAGAACUCUUCCAGUUGGAAAAACAUUGUAAGUAAAAACCCUUACGGCUUAAUUGCAGGGCUGUUAUUGACAGUGGCAGCUCAAGAGAUACUUGGGAGUGCCCACACCACUUAAAAACAGUGGCAAAGGAGUCUUACCAAUACUACCAGCAUCCCUUUAUAUAUAAAUAGAGUACUAUGAUCAUCAGAGGCCACCAGAAAGAAAUCUUGGCUUGCUCUUUCUGCAACCAAAUUAAGACAGGAAUUAUCAGAGUUAAAGUGGUUUUUAGCUCAAAGGUCAGUGGAACUUCAGGGUUGCAUCCGGCUAAGUUCUGCUGAGGGAAGGCCCAUUGACAUUCAUGGACCUAAGUUAGUCACUUCAUUAUUUUCAGUGGUCUACUCUGCAUAUGAUCAACCCCAGGUACAACCCUAUGCUAGUUUGUUUCCAUGUUCUAGAAUGGCAAGUUUGUUUU